AUGGCCCCUCUACUUUUAACUCACUUCCGACCAAAACAGCGUUCCAUCCUAUCCACACUUUUCACAGCGACUUUCCUAGGAGCAGUUAUAGUGGUUGCUUUUCCCUGUCCUGUCAAAUCGCAUGGUGAAGCUAGAUUAGAUGGCAGUUCGAUGGGAUCGAUGGGUUCCAUAGGAUCAAUGGAUGGUAGGAGGAACGAGGUGGUGGUUAUGAUGAAUCAGCGUGGGAAGAGGAGGUUCAUGGAAGAGAGGUAG